UCAUUUCCGUUACAUUUCCAAGAUGGCUGCCCACGCAUGUAAACAUGCGACUUGAUCUGAAAGCUAGUGUUGUUCAAGCUUUACAGUUUUUGAGCAUUAUUUACCACUCAGAUCCGUGUGACAUCAAAUAGUUGGAUAUUAACACCCAAUACGGGAUUGUUAACAUAUAAGAGAUACCUUGUGAAUUAUUACCGAGCCAGUAAAGGCUAACGUUAGCCUGCUAACCGCUAGCGUUAGCUCGGCAGCAGAGCCAUGCCAGCGCUGACUUUAUUCGUUGGUUCUCUGCCAGCUUCAGCUUCAAAUGAACGACUGGAGGAAAUAUUCUCUGAAAUUGGUCCUGUUAAACAGUGCUUCGUGGUCAGAGACAAAGGCACUGAAAAAUGUCGGGGGUUUGGCUAUGUCACAUUUUCCAUGGAGGAAGAUGCACAGCGAGCCAUGAAAGAUGUAAAAGAAUUCGAUGGAAAGAAGCUUUCAAUAUCGGUGGCGAAGAAGAAAAUAAAAGACAAAAGGAAAACAGCACCUAAAGAGCCAGCUCCAGUUCCAGCUCCAAAGGAAAAUGAGGAAAAAACCAAAGGCAUUAGGAAAACGCAUCUGAAAGCGAGACUCAUCAUCAGGAACCUGAGUUUUAAGUGCUCGGAAGAUGAUCUAAAAGAAGUUUUUUCUAAGUUUGGAACAGUCCGUGAGAACAAAAUUGCCCUCAAACCUGAUGGGAAGAUGCGAGGAUUUGCAUUUGUCCAAUUUAAAAAUGUGUCUGAGGCAGCAAAAGCACUAACUGCCAUGAACCUGAAGGAAAUAAAAGGUCGGCAGGUAGCAAUUGACUGGGCUGUGCCUAAGGACAAGUUUAUCGCCACACAGUCUUCCGCAAGUGCAGGAGCUAAAGUUACUGAGGCAACAGCGAAACCGUCAGCCUCAAAGAGUGACAGUGAAGACGAGGAAGAAGAAAAGCCGCAAGCAGCUCCUGCAAAGAAAAAAGUCACUACCAAACCUGAAGUGGAGGAGUCCCAAUCGGGAGAUGAAGAUGAUAGUGAGGAACAAGACAGCGAGGAGGAGGCAGACGAUGAGAAAGAAGAUGGUGAUGUGUCCCAAGAGGGAGACGACGACGAUGACGACGAGGAUAAGAGUAACCUUGAUUCAGAGGACGAUCAAGAUGAGAGUGAGGGUGAUGAGGAUGACGAAGAUGAUGAAGAUGAAGAAUCAGCCAAAAAGAAGAAAGCCAAGAAACUUCUCCCUUCAGACGUACCAGAAGGCAGAACAAUAUUCCUCAGGAACCUUUCCUUUGACACAGAGGAAGAGGAUCUGGAGGAAAUACUCUUAAAGUAUGGAGAGCUUAAUUACAUAAAGGUUGUUCUCCACCCAGACACAGGACAUUCAAAAGGUUGUGCAUUUGCUCAGUUUAAGAAUAAAGAGGCUGCAGACAAAUGCCUGGCUGCAUCACAGGAUGAGGCUGAGAGCGCUGGUAUCCGUUUGGAUGGCAGAAAGCUGAUGAUUGUGGCAGCGGUGACCAGAGAGGAUGCUUCCAAGCUGAAAGUGGACAAAGUGAAAGUAGAAACAGGCACCAGGAACCUCUACCUGGCCAGAGAGGGCUUGAUCCGUGCUGGAACCAAGCCUGCAGAGAAUGUCCCUGAAGCAGACAUGGCCAAAAGAACCAGAUUUGAAGAAAUAAAGAAGACCAAGCUUCGGAGCUUAAAUGUGUUUGUUUCAAAGAAUCGUCUGUGUGUCCAUAACCUGCCCAAGUCAGUGGACAACAAAAAACUCAAAGCACUCUGCCUCCAAGCAGUGAAAGGGGACAAAGGAGUACGCAUCAACGAGUGUCGGGUGAUGUAUGACAAGAAGCCAGAAAAGGGUCAGUCGAACGGACAGUCGUUAGGUUACGGCUUCGUCCAGUUUCAAGAGCACGAACAUGCUCUCAGCACACUUCGUUACCUUAACAACAACCCUGACCUCUUCGGCUCACACAAGAGACCGAUCGUUGAGUUCUCCCUGGAGGAUACAAGGAAACUUAAAUUAAAAGAAAUCCGUCAACAAAGGAACAAGGAAUUCUUACAAAAUCGGCUACAAAAAGGAGGAGGGAAACCUCAGACACCGGCAGAUGGAAAAUGGGCCAGUAAAGAUGGAAAUAAAGCAGCGACCUCAUCCGUACAGACUGGAAACGAGAAAGCGCCUCUUGAAAACCAGAAGCAGUCCGGACAGUUUUCAGGCUUCCAGACGAAACCUGAGGUCGAACAUGUGGAUUUGCAGAACGGGAAGAAACGAAGAAAGGUUCUAGCCUUCCCUUCCCAUCGGGGGCCUAAGAUCAGGAUGCGUGACAAAGGAAAGCCGCAGGCCCCCCCACCCAAGAAAGCUCGGCCCGGAACAGGAAGGAAAGAUCGUCAAAAACAACAGAUCGAAAAGCCCACACAGCCCAGAAACCAGAAGGCUAAUACGGGAAAGAAGCAAUUUAAGAGAAGGGACGGGGACCGGUUUGACAGCCUGGUGGAGCAGUACAAGAAGAAGCUGAUGGGUAACGGUGACAAGAACACCGACGUCAGAAAGAACAAGUGGUUUGAUAGUUAAAGCUGUGUGUUUGUGUCUGAAUGAGUGUGGAGAGAGAAUGUGUUUGAAUCUUAAGUGUUUAAGAUUAACACAAGAGAGGUCCUCUACAUUCAACAUCCUGAUGUUUUAAAAUAAGUACAGUGGUUCUUAUUUAGUUUUGUGUCAGAUUUCACAGUAUGUGAUGCCAAUCUGUGAAAUGUUUGUCACCUAACUUCAGUCAUUCUAUUCCUGCGUUUCUGUAACCCAUACUGUUCUUUUAAAACAAGCUGAUAAACUAAGUGUGGUUGUUUUUCAUAUACUUGGCUUUUUAUGGGGAAAAAAAUGAAAUUAAAAGCCCUUGAAUUGGUGUUUUAUUAUAA